CCGGGCCGGGUCUUCCCCCAUCCUCGGCUUCCAUCCUUCUUGCUCCAUGCAGCUCCUGAUGACUCGGGCUGUGAGGUCAUCCAGUGAGACCAGAGUGGUUCUGUCGCUGUGGUUGUGCUUGACAGAUGUGCUGCAAAAUUCCUCAGGGAUUCCAUGAAGAUGGUCGUUCCUGGGAGCACCACUGUAAUUCAGCCAGACCACAACCUUGGAACGGAAUUGAGCCGAAGCUCAGCAGAGAACUCAGUGAUGGGUCCUGAUACACAGUCAAUGGCUGAUCAGGUGGGCCCUGAGCUGGAAGAAGUGAGGAAAUUGCAAGAGCUUGUGAGGCGGCUUGAGCUCCAGAACCAGCAGCUGAGAACUAGAAGCCUACGAAGUGUGCCGGAGGCCAAAAUGCUGAGCCAAGCUGAUGCUGGAGUGGAUAAUUGCAAUUCCAGGCUCAAUGGCAUGGAAAUGAAUAAUAGCAUCAACGUACUAAUGGAUAAGCAGGAAUUGCAAAUCGUGGCAGACCUGCAUUCAGCCCUGAGUAAAAUAAGGUCAGAAGCAGAAGAAAGUGGUGAGUUCUUUAAAAAGGAUGUGGAGGAGACCACAAUACAGCACAGUUGUGAAAACAGUUCUGACCAAGAGCUCUCCGGUGCAAAGUUUGUGAGCGGUACCCAGACGCAUAACAGUGAUGCUAACACAAACGACGUCUCUCGUUGGGAUUGCAACCCCACAGUGUUGCUAGAAGAUUUCGCCACAGGAGUUGAGCCAGCUUUGCAAAUGAAGGAAGCAAACACAAACACGGAAGAUCUCUUGGAUGAAACAGCUCUGGAUGAAGUGGAAUUACUGGAGUUAGAGAAUGGCAGCGAUGAAGAGGACAGCUGGCUGUAUGUUUCUCCAAGAAAACCACCGACAGAUAACAAGGAAUCUCCCCUGAAGUGGUGUAGACAGGUGUUGGAUCACCCUAGUCCUGAGACCGAGGCAGCUUGCCGUACCCUCAUCAGCAGACUCGACCAAGCCAGUAGGUGGAAAUCCCUGUAUUGCAGUCCAUUGGCGUCUCCAAGUGUGCAUAACUUGAAUGCAGACACAGGGUCCUGUAGCAAUGCACUAAACUCUCCUGGGCACUACAAAUCAACUAACAAACCACUACUAACUUGCGGUAGCUCAGGUUACUUGAACAUGCAUUCAGCUUUGAGCUCUCAGUCUUCUGUCGAUAGCGAACUUAGUACCUCGGACGACUCGAUUUCAAUGGGCUACAAACUGCAGGACUUGACUGACGUGCAAGUUAUGGCCCGCCUACAGGAAGAAAGUCUUCGCCAGGAUUGUGCCUCCAGCUCUGCCUCCGUUUCCCGCCGCAGUUCCAGUGCCUCCUUACACUCCUUGCGCAGGGGCACCUACAGUGACCAGGAUUUUGACACAUACAGUUUGGAAGAUGAGGACGAUGACUGCUCUUUCUCCUAUCACAGCAGUCACAGAUACUCUCCAUCCCCACUCAGCUCACCGCGAUGCCAGUCUCCGUCCACAAACGCGGAUUACGGGAGGGCCACAAAUACCCGAAUUCGGCCCCCGCGGAGGACAGUGCAGAGCCCAAUGCAAGAUAGACUAAAGUAUUCUUCAAACGAAGAGGAACUGCGUCACAGUAUGCCUAACCUGGCUAGGACCGGUCUGCGAUCUUUGGAGUCAGUAAGAAAUAGCCGGAGCUUGGACUCAGAUUUACAGAUUCCCAGUAGUCGACUCUCUAGAAUCCAUCAGGAAUCCGUCAGCCUGACUCCAAAUAAACUCCGUUAUUCCUCCGGUGCUGGGCAGUCCCCCCUGACAGUCCGUCAGCCUGUGAAAGCAGGCCCCUGUGCUAACACUCUUCUAACCCCACGGCAGCCAGUUAGAUCUGCUGGGUAUGCUAGUCCGGCCGGCCGUGUCCGAAAGCUACAGUCUUCCACGUUGAACCCAAGCGCUUCGAAUAGCGGCAGUUCAGUGUACCGGAGCAACGGCAUGGCCUCAGGAGUAAAAAGCUCUCUUCCUAAAAAUAAAGCAUCGGUUGCAGGAGCAUCCACUCUGAAGAGCAAGUUGAGCCAGCCAGCCAAGAGGUAUCCAAAGGCCAGCAUCCCUGUGGACGACUCUUGGAAAGAUGGAUGUUACUGAACCAAACCAAAAAAAAAAAAGGAGAAUAAUGAACAAUGACUUGUUUGUUGGGUUAUGUAACUGGACAACAGCCCAGCUGGCUGGGCAGGAGGACAUGCUUAAGGCCUCCGUUUCCUCCCCAUUGCCACCACGCUUGACAAACUGGAAUGAUGAAUUUGGGACAUUUGUUUUUUCUUUGGACCUUGAUGGCUGGAUUUUUUUUUUUUUGUUCCUGCUAUUCUUGUCUUACUGCUGAGCCUUGAUUACGGUAGUUCUUGUACCUGGAGGUACAGGUGUGGCCCGAGGCACACAUUUGAAGAUUCGUUCAUGGUACACAACAAGGAAGGAGAAGAGCGUGGGAUGGUGCUCCUGUGGCAAUGAGGCGUUUUUGAGUCUGUGGGGUGGGGGUUUUUUUCCUCCCCUUUGCAAAAGGCAGCUAGAUAAGGUAAACAUAAUUAGAAAUGACUCUUUCUUAUGUCACUUGGUGUAACUUAACUUUUCUAGGAAAAUUCAGAGGAGUUUUUUUUACUUGUCCCGAACAGGUAUCUUCACUACUUUUAUUAUUAUAAAAUUUGAAGAAAAGGUUUUUUUAACAACAAUAGCUAUAGCGUGCAUCGUCUGUCACAGGAGAAUGUCUUAAAAGCUUGGUAUGCCCGUUGUCUCCCAAGAGUUGUUUAUUAUGUGCUCUUGCCUGCAGGCUGAUAAUGUGAGGUCUUAUUUACCCAUUUACUCUCUUCCUUUUUAUCUUUUAGCUAGGCGGGUUUUCGUGGGGGUGGUAGCAACACCUUUGCCAGCUAAAAAAAAAUGCACUUGGAAGUGUUUCGUUCUCUCAUGACCGUCACUUAAUUCCUUGAUACUAAAAUCUACCUUUCUUCUUUUGUACAAGUCUUUUCUACUGUCCAGGGGUUUUUUUUUGGUGAUGAGAGGGGUGGGGUGGGGAAGGUUUGUUUUUGGAUGAAGGAACUUGGUUUUUUAAAUUAAAUCUUGUGGCUCUUGGAGUUUGCCAAAUGCAAGAAUACAAUCAUACCUGGGAAUGCAAACUGGCCCAUCUGCCAACCCUACUUCUUGCCACCAAUGUGACUUGAUAUUGUAGUUAAUAAAUGUGAAGGGGGCUCUAGUGCUACCUUGUCUUUAGUAGCAAAA